UUACGGUGUGUGAGUGUGCGACGCGCACCUCUUUAGGAUAACCCCCCUCACCCCACUGACUGAGACCCACCCACCGACGACCCUUUCACCCCGCCCUCCCCCACCUCGCGUGCACGUGCGUGUGUGCCUUUCUGGCCAGCGUAACAUCUGUGCGUGCGUACGCGGUCGUGAUUGUUGUGAAGAUGGCGGAGGGGGAGACGGAGAGGGAAUAUGACACACGGAAAGCGAACGACGAUCUCCGCGGCCGCUUCCACGGUUUAACGGUGGCCCUGAGGGAGAGCUCGCAGUCGCCGCUCGAAGCUUCGCUGAUUUUCUGCCAGGAGUUUUGCCAGGCCCUGGUGGAUUAUGCGGGCCGUUGGAAAACCGAUGAGGAUCCACUGCCUUUGCUGGAGGUCUACACUGUGGCUGUCCUCAGCUUCGCCAAUGCCACCUCCUGUCUCUCCCCCGAAUGUGAAAAUGUGCCACUCCUACUUGAAAAGUUAACAUUGAGCUGUGCGGAGCUGGUACUCUUACUGCCCCAGCACAUCCCUGGUGCCUUAUGGGAGGAGUUUCAGUCCUCCAUGAAGUUGGCACACAGCCUUUUGCAGGAAAGUGGGAGUGCACAGCUUCGCCCUCUUUUUGCUCUGGCACAGCAAGAUGGCAUCUGGUCCAACACCACACUCAGCAGCAUCUUGUCCAACACGAUCCCUCAAACUGAGCAAGUUCACGAGUAUCUUGAGUUGGAAGGUCCCACGCUUCUCAGCAUGCGCAUAAAGCACCUUAUCAAAGUAGACAGUGCUGAUAAAGCAGCAGCCCUAGCAAAGAUGUGCUCAGAGUAUCCAGGGUAUGAAGGAAAAGGGAACUUCAAACAAACCUACUUGCUCUGCAUUUGCAUGACCAAAAGUCAGGAGCAACUCAUGGAAGAGAUAUCAUCAAUAGACUGCAAAGAUGCUCUGGAAAUGAUCUGUAACUUGGAGUCAGAAGGAGAUGAGAAAGGAGCACAGUGCUUAUGUUCUGCCUUUCUUAAGCGACAACUUCUCCAAGGAGACGUUUAUUGUGCCUGGGAACUGACAUUGUUCUGGAGUAAGCUACUCAUGCGUUUGGAGUGUUCGGCCGACUCCUUCCUCAGCCACAGCAAAGAAAUGGCUCUUCUCUGCAGAAGUGUCUGUCACAUUUUAUUCCUUAUUAAAGUCAUCCAGAAUGAGGUUGGUGAAGUGGGGCUUCCGGUUUGCGUGGAAAUGUGCAUUCAAGCUCUGAAAAUGACCUCAAGUGACCAUACGGAUAGCAAGUCGACGAUCUGCAAGACUAUUUCCUGCAUCUUGCCAACAGAUCUUGAAGUAAAGCGCGCAUGCCAGCUGACUGAAUUCCUCCUCCAACCUACUGUUGACUCUUAUUACGCUGUUGAGUCACUCUACAACGAACCGGAUCAAAAGCCUGAGGAGGAUGGGAGUCUGCCGGUGCCCAAUUCCUUACGCUGUGAGUUACUGCUGGCCUUAAAGACAGAGUGGCCUUUUGAUCCAGAGUUCUGGGACUGGAAAACCUUGAAAUGCAAUUGCUUGGCACUGAUGGGUGAGGAAGCAGCGAUCGUGUCAUCUAUUGACACGCUUAACGACACAGAUGAACAAGAGGUGGAAAGUACACAUGGAAAACUCCCAGACUACAGAGACCUGGAGGACUUUCUAUUAAACACUACAAAUGAACUCAACGAAAUCACAGAUGAAAAAGAAAAAAACAGAGAAGCAAAGAAACUCCGGGAGCAAGGAUUUGUAUCGGCUCGUUUCCGAAACUGGCGAGCCUACAUGCAGUAUUGUGUUCUGUGUGACAAGGAGUUCUUGGGUCACAGAAUAGUUCGGCACGCUCAGAAGCAUUUUAAGGAUGGAGUGUAUCUGUGUCCUAUUUGUGCAGACAGCUUUGAUAGUAAGGAGGUUUUAGAGCCACAUGUAGCAUCUCAUGUCAAGCAGUCUUGUAAAGAGCGACUUGCUGCUAUGAAAACCGCAAGAAAGGGGAUAAAACUACCGCAGUCUCCUAAAAGUAUGAAAUGUUUUCCCACAGCAAUUAAUACUCCUGUCAAUAAUGACUCACAAACUGGUGUCCAAUCAGUGAACGUUGAACAAACUACGUCUGUCCCACAAAUAAGUCAAGAUUGCUUCUGCCCCGUUAAAAAUUGCUCCAAAGCAUUCAAGUUUUUCCGCAACCUCAUGGCUCAUGUCAGGUCGCACAAAGACGACGAAGAGGCCAUGAGGUUUUUGGAGAUACAGAAACAAAAAGUGGUGUGCCAGUAUUGCAGGCGGCAGUUUGUCAAUGUCCGACAUCUAAAUGAUCAUUUGCAAAUGCACUGCGGCAGUAAACCAUACAUAUGCAUACAACUGGGUUGCAAGGCCAACUUUAAUUCAAAUUCCGAACUUCACAUGCAUAGGAAAACACACUCAGAAUUUAAGGCCCAGUGUAUGUUUCCGAACUGUGGGGAGAUUUUCAGCGAGGCUUACCUUUUGUACGAUCACGAGGCUCAACAUUACCUUACCUACACCUGCCCGACAGAUGACUGUGGUAAAAUAUUCUACUCGCAGGCUCAAUUCUUAUCUCACCAACAGGUUCACAAUACCAACAAUACAGUCAACAAUGUGGUAGUCAUACAUGAGAACCCUCCCGUCAUUCCCAGAGUUGAAAUGCCACAGGAGAAUAUGGCAUCCCAAGAAGACACGCAUUCUGCUGUUGUUUGCCUUGAUAAAGGUAAUUCACAUGCGUUCACAAAAGAAGCAUCAAAGGGAAACACAUCGCCAUGCAGUUCCCCAGAAGUUGCUAAAGACCUCAUUCCUGUGAGAGUCAAACAUUCGAUUGAAAACAUGUUGAAUUCUGUGGGGCAUAUCCAACUGAAAGAUCCAGACAAAUGUUACACUCCACUCACAAAUCCGAGCUCAGCACCAGCUGACUUGAAAGCAGCCCCUGAGACUUCGCAUGCUCACCAGGAAAUAGUAGAGGAAGCAAACAUUCCCCUCUACCCUGUCCCCAGUGCUAUCACUCUCAUGGCAAGUCCACCGGGCGAAGGUCAUAAAAACAUACAAGCCGAUGAGUUUCAGAAAGCAACACCGCAAAUUAUUUCUCCCACCCAAAUCAAGAUAGAAAUUCCUUCGACAGAAAUCCCUUCUUCACUGCCUGGAUACACACCAAGAAUGCCGGCUGUAUCCAGUAACGGGGAAAACCUGCACAGCUGCCCACAUAAUGAGUGUACAAGGGCUUACAGUACCAACAAAAGUUUGUCGAGACAUGUGAAGAAGCAACAUCCUGAAAUCUUCGAGGACUGGAAGUUAGCCAAGAAAUACAACAAAGUGGCCAAAAUUACAGCAAAAAAGGCACCAACUGGAGUAGCUGCACGCAAACAGUAUCCCAACGGUGACAGCAAGAUUCCAAAUCAGCCACCAAAUCAGCAAGGACCUCUUUGUAACAAACCUGGGAUGGAUCAAAUCGAUUACCCCGCAGCAUGUUCAACCUCACCUUCUCAGUGUUAUCCUGGGUCAAUGGACCCUGUGCCCAUCACUCCAAUGGUCAACCCCACAGUGUAUGCAUCCUGGGGGAGUUCCACCAAUACCGGGGAACCCAGUCAGCCCGAUGUGUCCCAGUCCUGGUCUUCACCCCCAAUGAACAGCUGCUACCCAGAUACCUUCAACAUGAAUGAGUACCCCUCCCGCAGCUAUCCUCAGUGGCAGCCUGAUCCCUAUCCAACCACAGCUUCACUCCCAGCUGAAAGAGAGCCCUCAAUGGCAGCUUUACAAGGAUCAGUUGGGUCUCACGGUCCUUCAGAUUCAAGUUUGAUGUCCCAAUACUUAUCCAGUUCAUUGAUGCUUGACAAUGGAGGGCAAAUGCACAAUGGCGUAAAUCAAUAUGGACUAAUGCCUCCCGAUGGCAGGAGUGUUUCAGUGGAUGGAAAGAAAACAAAUAGAAACUUGGCAGGACAGUCAGAUAAUGGGGACAGCGUGUCUACAAUUCACAGUCUACCUGAAGGAAGUUACCACAUUCCCUACCCUCAGAGUGAUAAGUCAGUGAGUCAGAGUUCACCUGUUGACGUUCCCAUGAAAUGUCUGAGUCCAGAGGCCCAAGAGACAUCGAAAGAGUCAACAAAAUUAAUUAAAACAGAAAACAUAGCAGUGUCUGGAUAUGAACAUAUGGACAACGCUGUGGAUGGCAUGCUUAACCCACAAACCAUCACCACGACUGACUUCAAUUUUGAAGGGGACUGUACUAAUGUGGAAUGCGAAGCUACUGAUGAUAAAGAUGAGGGUGAGGGCCAAAAAGCAAAACGUGGUAAGCUAAGCAAGCGAACCAAAUGGCCAGCAAUUAUAAAGGACGGAAAAGUCAUUUGUAGGAGGUGCUUCAGAGAGUUCACAAGCACAAAGUCUCUCGGAGGUCAUCUGUCCAAACGGUCACAGUGCAGGCCUUUAGAUGAAAUUGAUCUGACUGCAGAUCUGCCGACAUCAUUUCUUGAUUUUCUCAAUGACCCACAUCUCCCAGAAACUAAUGGAUCCAUUUUUAACUUGGCAAAUGGUGAUUUCCCACAGGAUUCAUGUACCUUGACCCCUCUAAAUUCUUCCAUGGCAUUGAAACAAGAACCCCAACAUACAAAUAUAACUGACUUCUCAAACAUUUCUGCUGCUGACCUUGAAAGUAAUCAAGAGAAAGCAGGAGGGCUUUCUUACACUGCUCCUGAUCCUCCUCAUCAAGAGGAUCAUUUGAUGGAAAUAUCCAAUGCCUUUCAAAGGUUGGAUUUAAUUGAAGCUGCCCAAGAAAAGAUGCGGGGUAAUUUGUCCUUAGAGCAAAAUCUCAUCCGUUGUGAUACAACCUCCGACCGUAAAAAAAGCAAACCCAUGCCAACCAAGAAAGAUGACAAGGUUUUGGCAAAAAUUUCCAAACCUUUUAAAUGCGUCAAGGAAGAUUGUGAGUACUCAUUCAUGACAAAGGAGGCAUUAUUCAGACAUUUAAAUAAAAUGCACGAUUACACCGCUGGUAUGAUUGAAGAACUGAAACGAAGUCCAUCCAAAUUGUCUCCUUACUUUUGCCAGAUUUGCUCCAAAACCUUCACAAGAACAACGGGCUUGAGAAUUCACUAUGAGAAGGUCCAUCGAUUAUCAAAGGCAGAAGCACAAAAGUACAAGAUAAGUGCUCGAAAUGGUCGACAAGCUGUUCAAUCAAAUGAUAUUUCGUGCACAAGGGAGGCUGAUCCUGACACAAGUGGUGUCACCAAACCCACUGUUAGCUUUCCGUAUAUUAAACAAGAGCCCCUCGACAUUGAAAUUGAACCUCAAACUGACAGUGGAGACAAAUCAGAAGCUCCUCAAAUUGCUCCACCAGGAAAUCCUGUAAAUGAUGCCCUCCCACAUGCAACAUCAACUGUCACCUGUUUGCCAUUGACUGAAAGUUAUUUAGAUGGUAGACCGUUGGUUGAGAGCAUGCAGGCAGAUCUUGAAACGUCCCAGGAGCAGCUGACUCUGGCAGUUGCAUGUCCAGAUAGCCAACAGAAAUUUGGUUUAACAGAGAAUUGUGAUCUCAUGAAACAAAGAGAACAUCCCACAGUCAGCAAAAUAAGAGAACCUAAAUUCAGCCUUCCAACUGGCUCUGCCUUAUCGUCCCCAGAAAAACCAAGCAGCUCCAAAAGCACACCUAAUCAAGAGGAAGUCCACAAAAAGCUUCAAAAAAGAAUUGGGCUCAAAAUGUGUGAUGCUGACAACGCCUUCAGUCCCUAUAGACCAUAUCGCUGUGUUCACGAAGGAUGUACUGCUGCAUUCACAAUCCAGCACAAUUUGAUCCUUCAUUACCGAGCCAUGCAUCAGUCGUCUCUACCCCCGAGCAAAGGAGAGAGCAGUCCCGAGAAGAUGAGCGUACCAAAUGGCCAAGAGAGCUAUGACAUUACAGGUAAAGAUCACGAAGUCAGAUGUCAAGUGAAAAACUGCUCACGGGUGUUCAUGGGAGUCACAAGGUUAUUGCAGCAUUACCUUUUGCUUCACAAAUUCACCCGCGAUAAAGCCACCUCAAUGAUGGCCAGCAUGGCCAUAGGGACCUUCAACUGUGAUCGGCCUGAGUGCGCGCUCCCCUUCAGCUCAGUGGACAAGUACAUCGAGCACAUAAAAAAUUUUCACAAAGAAAUUGCCAUCUCGGAGAGUGGCUCAGUCGAUACCACAUUUAAGUGUGAGUAUGAGGGAUGCGAACGCUUUUACUCCACAAAGUCUAAUCUUCUUCGCCACCUGAUAAAAAAGCAUGAAUAUGUCUAUAAUCCAAAAUCAAGUGAUGGAAGAAGGAAUAGAUCCUUAGUGCUGUUCCCAGCAAUGAACAACGGAAAAGAAAAUGUGGAAAACAAAUUCAAAAUGAAGAAGAAAAAUCUAAAGAAGAAAGAUGGGAAGAUCUUUGAACAUUGGACCAAUUUUGGGAAGCCCACUCUUAAAACCCACGAUGAAGCGUCAGCCAUGUGCAUUAAGAAGUGGCCAUUGCAAUAUCCAUGCAUGCUCAUAGGCUGUGAUACAAUUGAGGAAGCUGAAAAAAGUAUUUUUAAGCAUUAUGUGACACACGGCCUCACCGAGAGAUACAUCGAAGACCAGAGGAGCCAGUUCAUUUUCUGCAAAAAGUACAGAUUCAAAGAUGCAGACAAACCCGAGGGUGGAUCGUGCACGUCCUCAGAGGAGACGGAGCCAGAAGAGGGCGACAAAUCCACUGAGCUAAACAUAGAAGAGGAAGUUGAAAAAAUGGGCCCGGAGGACAGUAAGCUUUCGAACGACGAAAGUGUCGAGUCUCAAGUGUCAACUGGAACAGAGGGCGGAGUUAAAAGAGGGCGUCCCAGAAAACCCGUCAAUCCAACACCAGCUUGUCCUGAGAGGAUGCAAACCCUUCGCAAUCGUACGACUGUUAGCAGCUCAAGAGAGAACUCAAAUCCUGGCACCCCUGUAGCCCAAGAACAACAAGAGGAGGCGAACACCAUGCCGUCUUUCAAACCUUUAGGACUGGAGGACUCUUUUCUCAAGUUCUUGGAAACUUCCGAAUCGGCGCACCCCUGCAAACGCAAACUGAACGACAAGCCCACUGUCGAGUUGCCAUCCAAAAGACGCCCAACUCACAAACAGAGGACUGCUUUGAGAACUAAAACAAGCGAUUACUUUCGAGGUUGUGAGAAACUGGUAGACUUUAGAAAUCCACAUAAUCUCAAAUCAGUGAGCAAUGUGAAGAUAGUCAUGGAUAAAACGUUUUCAAACGGUGCUGAUCUUUUGCUCAAGCAGCUACAAUACAUGAAGCCCAUGGUCAUGAUAAAAAAGUGGCUUUACAGCGGAUCAUAGCCCCAUGUUUUAUUUCCAACUCCGUCUCACUCAGGAUUUGAGAAGUAUGCUGCAGAAUGGUUUGACAAUGCAUCAAAUUCCCAACUCUUAACAGUCAUGGUCACAGUUAAUGAUGAUAUGGCCUAUUUUAUACAUCAUAAAGUUAAAUGUCUUGGAUGAUUUUAUGUAUGUUAGUCCUAAUAACCAGGUAAUCCAUAGGGCAUAGAUUUUAGAUUCAUGUUUGUAUUUAUGCUUAGUACUGAAGAUGUUUUUUUGCUAAAUGGAUACUUUUAAAGAAAAAAUGUUUUUAUAUAUCCCUAUGGGAUUUAAUGUUUUGUUUAUAUUUAUUUCAUCCUUUUUUCAACACUAGUAGACCUAUCUGUAAUAUUUACAUGUCUUCCACAAAGUGUUCAAUAAAAUGUUACUGUUUUUU